AUGUGUGAGCUGUCUCUGUGCCCGCCAGUGAUGCUGUUACUGCUGCUGCUGCUGCUGCUGCUUGGACCUGGACUCAGCCAGGCAACCAGAAGGUCACAUGUGCACAAGCGUGGGAUCCUGGAAUUGGUGGGGACCUUGGAUUGUGUUGGUUCUCGAUCACCCAUCGCCUACAUGAGCUAUGGCUGUUACUGUGGCCUGGGUGGCCAUGGAGAGCCACUUGAUGCCAUUGACUGGUGCUGCCGUCACCAUGACUGCUGUUACACUCGAGCUCAGGAGGCCGGCUGCAGCCCCAAGAUAGACCGCUACCUGUGGAAAUGCCUGGACCGUCGCAUCCAGUGUGGACCAGCAGAGAACAAAUGCCAGGAAAUCAUGUGCAAGUGUGACGAGGAGCUUGCAUACUGCCUCGCAGGGACAGAGUACAACCUGAAAUACUUCCUCUACCCCUCGGCUUUCUGUGAAAAGGAUUCUCCCAAGUGCGACUGACAGGCUGAAGUGUUCGUUUGCACACAGAAAUGAAGUUCGCUCUCAGAAUGAGCAACAGCACUCGAUUUCUGCAGGAGUCAGUGGAGGCCAAGUGAUAAAGCUGUGAACAUUGCCUUCCCUUUCU